CCUCACUUUUCAGGCAUGUUAUAAACUUAUAAAUAAUAGUUUUUAAAAUAAAUGCUUAUCAAGUACAAAUGCAAUUAGAAUUAUGAGUACUCCAGUCGUUUCUUUAGAAAAAUCAUUAGAACAUUUUCAUCAUCUUACUAAAAAACCUGAACUAUUUUUGAACUCAGAAAAUGCUCUAUACGAUUCAGUAAAAAUCCAUUUAAAAGAAAUUUAUGAUUUUGCCAAAACUCAAGAAAAAAAAUUAAAUGGAUCAAAAGGUUUGUCUAAGUUACUAAUACAAAAAUUUGACACUGAACAAAUUUGGCAAGAAAUUGAACUUCAAAAUGAUGGUAUACUUACGAAGUCUCUAACUGAUGUUACAAAGCUAGUUGUUAAUAAAAAUAAAUUAGUGUUUACAAAUCUGAUUGAUGAAAACAAAUUAAAAGAUGUGGAUGAUGAUGGCGAAGAGAAUGAAAAUGAACUUGAAAACAUGUCUGACAUUGAUAAUGCAUCAGAUGAAGAGGACGAUAAAAAUGAUGAAGCAAUUUAUUCACACAAUUCUGAUGAUGAUGAAGAAGAAAUGGAAGUUGACAAUGCAGGUGAAGGUCUAGACAAAUUUACCAACAAGAAAAAAUCAGUUUUGGAUGACAAUUUCUUCAAGUUAGAUGAAAUGGAAACCUUCUUAAAUAAUGAAGACAAAAAAGAAAUGAAUCCAAAUGCCAUAAAAAAUACAGAAGAAUCAGAUUCUGAUGAAGAAGAGAGUAUUGAUUUAUUUGAAGAAGACGAAGCAAACUUAGAAGAGGAAACUGAUAAGAGCAGGACUGCAAAAUUCAAAGACUUUUUUAGGUCAAAUGAGCCUCAGAGAAAAGAAAUACCAAAAAGAAAUAAAUUUCUGGAAGAAAUGAGUGAUAAUGAUGGCGAACAGGUUCCAAAAUCUUCACUAGAAUUAAGACAGGAAAGACUUCAAAAAAGAAUAGAGCAAAUUGAAAAAAAUGCAAUUGCUGAGAAACCUUGGGCCCUCAAGGGAGAAAUUCUUGGUGAUAAUCGACCACAGAAUUCACUUUUAGAAGAAAUUUUGGAAUUUGAUUUAACUUCUAAACCAGCUCCUGUUAUAACAGAAAAUACUACUCUUCAGUUAGAAGAUAUCAUCAAACAAAGAAUUAAGGACAAAGUAUUUGACAGUGUAGUAAGAAAAGUAAAACCAGUAGAAACACCAUUAGAAUAUAAGAAAAAACUCACAUUAGAUCAAGAAAAGAGUAAACAUUCCCUUGCCCAGAUUUAUGAAAAAGAAUAUCUUGAUCAAAAAGCUGCAUUGGAUUCUGCUAAUGUUGAAAAAGAAGAGGAGGAACCAGCAGUACAUAAAGAAAUAAAAACAAUGAUGCGUGAUUUGUUUAAUAAACUGGAUGCACUGUCCAACUUUCAUUUCACUCCUAAACCUGCAUUACCAGAGCUCAGGAUUGUCAAUAAUUUACCAGCGAUUAACAUGGAAGAAGUUGCCCCUGUUACAGCCACUGAGGCUUCAUUACUGGCUCCAGAGGAAAUUGGAAAUAAGCCAAAAGGAGAUAUUUUGGGUAAUACUGAGAAAAUGAAAACUGAUAAAAACAGAGAGAGAAGGAAAAAGAAGUUGAAACAGAAGAAACACAAAGAAAUUAUUAGUAAAAAUAUGUUAUCUAAUGGAAAAGCUAAAGGAAAGGUCAAAAUGUCUGAGGUUCUUAAAAAUAGAAAUACACAGAAGAUGGAAGAAACUAGUUCUAAAGGGAUUAAAUCAUCUAAGGCAUUCUUUACUCAAUUACAAGAACAAGCACAAGUUCAUAUUGGUAAAAAACUUCAAAGUUCAGGAAAAAAGAAAGAUAAAAACAAAAUUGAAGCAAAAAAAAUUAAACUUUAG